AUUGCGCAAAGUCAUUCGUUGAUUACUUACUCCUCCGGGCAACAGUCACUUGCUUGUUGGUGGUGUUGUGCGGUGCCAAAGUUCAGGUUGAACCAAAGUGCGAAGAAUUCUGCUUGUGAAACGACGAACAAACAAUGCAAAAUACAGGGAAGCUCGCAGGAAUCACGCUAUUCAUUACCGGUGCAUCCAGGGGCAUCGGCAAAGCGAUCGCACUGAAAGCCGCUCGUGAUGGGGCCAACAUAGUGCUGGCAGCCAAAACGGCGGAACCUCAUCCGAAGCUACCCGGAACCAUCUACACGGCGGCAGCAGAAAUUGAAGCAGCGGGCGGAAAAGCCUUGCCUUGCGUCGUGGAUGUGCGCAGUGAGGAAGCCGUACGGGCUGCCGUUCAAAAAGCUGUCCAAACGUUCGGGGGUAUCGAUAUCGUGGUUAACAAUGCCAGUGCCAUAUCGCUGACUCCAACCGAGGAGACUGAUAUGAAGCGAUACGAUCUGAUGCACAAUAUCAACACCAGGGGUACUUUCUUGGUAUCGAAAGAGUGUUUGCCGUAUCUGAGGAAAAGCAAGCAUGCUCACAUCCUGAACAUUUCUCCACCGCUUAACAUGGAGCCACAUUGGUUCAGCAACCAUGUCGCCUAUACCAUGGCCAAAUAUGGGAUGUCCAUGUGUGUGCUCGGCAUGGCGCGGGAGUAUGAAAGUGCAAACAUUUCGGUGAAUGCGUUGUGGCCUCGUACGAUCAUUUACACCGCUGCUGUUGAGAUGCUCCACGGACAGGAGGGCUAUCCAUUCUCUCGCAAACCGGAAAUAAUGGCCGAUGCUGCAUAUGCGAUACUUUGCCGAUCAGCGGGAGCUAGUACUGGAAACUUUUUUAUAGACGACGAGGUGCUGGCCGCGGAAGGUAUUACGGAUAUGGCACAGUACGCUUGUGUGCCGGGUAACGCACUAAUUCUCACCCCGGACAUCUUCGUGAACGAGAAAAAAUCAAAGCUGUAAUCAAUUUGUUCGGAAUGAAUUUCAGGGCCUUGGCUGCAGAAUAAAUUAAGGGUGAUGGACAUUA